AUGGCUUCAUUAAAAUACACAAUUAAUUAGACCACUACUUAAGAUAGAGAAACUCUUGCAAAUGGAAUUGCUCAUAUUUAAUUUCCUACUAAUGAGCAUGUUUGGAUAGUCCAGAAUCCAUAAAAAUAUGAAACAAUUGUAAUAAAAUUUGAUAUCCCUUGUAAGAUCAAGGAUUUCAUCAUAAGUAUAAAAUUGUCAUUGAGUUUAGACACAAAAUCAUGUUCUUAGGUAAAAAUCUCUUUAUACAAUAUUACAGAUGAUAGUGUAAAAAUUUAAUUGAAACAAUUGGAAACAGUCAAUUUUAUAACAUAGAACUAAUAGAAAAAAAUACAAAACCCUGACUUUGAAGAUAAUACUUAUUAAUUCGCAGAAAUAACGUUUUAUAGUUAGAAUAAUGAAUUAUCAAUAAAGUCUUUACAAGUUCUUGGAUAAUCAGGGUAGAAUCAAACUCUAUCAUAAUAUGCAUUAUAAUCAGAGACCAAUCACAUGAAAUAAUAAUUCAGGCCAUCAUAAUUUCCAUUGAUUAAAUCAUCAGAGAAAGAAUCCUUAAUAAUAGUAUCUGAUUUAAAAAUAAAUCCUACAAAUUAGAUUAGUUAAAGAAGCGCAUAAAUGGUGCAAAAAUCUUAAUAGUUUUCUUUAUUCAAUAAAACUUAGUAAUAAAAAAAACAAUAAAACCAUGAUAAAUAAAGUGAAGAUUUCCAAUUAUAAAGAGCAUUUGAGGAGAGUAUCAAGACCCAUAAAAAAGAAUUGUAAAAAUAAGAAUAAUAAGAACUUGAGAUUGAGAAAUAAAUUGACGACAUGUAUUGUGAGGAAGAGAAAGAUAAUAAUAAUAAAAGACAUAAUUUAUAAAGUUCAUAUGACUCUAUAAAUAAACAAUUAGAUGAAGCUUUGCUUAAAUAAUAGAGAUUUUCAUAACCUAAAUCGAUAGUUAAGUAAUAAUUAUUUUCAUCAAUCAACGAAGAGAAUAAUGAUGUGAUUAAAGUAUAAAUUAUGAAUGAGAAUUAAAUGAGUGAACAAGAGUACGAGGAAAUGAUAUAAUAUCAUUCAAACAUGGUUAACAAAGAUUUUGUGCAAUAUCAUAAAGCCUUAGAAGAAUCCUUUUUUAAGGGCACAAGUCUUUUCGAAUACAUGAAUUAAUAAUUUAAACCUUUAUAAUAUUAGCAUGUCUAUAUUGUUAAAGAUGCAUUGACAGAUUUUGAAUAUAAAAGGUUAGAAUUAAAAGUGAUUAAUUUUGGAGGGACAGUUGUUAAAUAGGUAACUAAUAAGACAACCAUCAUAAUUUCUGAUAAGCCUAUUCAAGUAGAUAACAAAAAGUUUAACAUAUGUGUUUUGAGUACGAAGCUCUUGGAAUCUUGUAGUAUCGAUAAAUGGCCUCAAUUUGAGAAGUAUGAAGUGAAAUGA